UCCUCCCAAACCAGAAGGAAAAGCUGAAAUAAUUUUUUUCUGGGGUCUUUCGUUACGUUGCUCUUAUGAUUACAGUACGACUACGAAAAUGACCAACAGCCCAAAAUCGGCGUAACACCGCAGGGUUCCUUUUUUUUCUGAAUCACACUUCCAACGACUCAGCGCUUGCGAAAUAAAUAUUCUUGCGUACUUACCGGGUAAGUAUAGAAUCCAACAUGAGCGACAUGCUGAAAACUCAGGAUGAUCAAGUCGUUGACCUCAAAGAAUGGGAGCAACGCUGGGAGGAAAACAGAAUUGGCUUUCAUAAGCCACAAGUACACGAGAUGCUGGAAAGUCAUAUUGACAAAGUUUUGGCUGGGCGAACAGGAGUUCGCUUCUUCUUUCCUCUGUGUGGGAAAGCUGUGGAUAUGAAGUGGCUAGCAGACAUGGGGCAUUCAGUGGUAGGAGUGGAAAUCGCAGAAAAAGCCAUUCAACAAUUCUUUAUGGAGAACAACAUGACAUACAGUGAGGAAGCUGUCCCUGCUAUGCCUGGAGUAAAGGUUUUCAGGAACUCAGAGAAAAACAUCUCCGUGUAUAACUGCGAUCUGUACAGCGUGUCUAGUUCAGUUGUAGGUCAGUUCGGGGCUAUUUGGGACAGAGGAUCUCUCGUGGCCAUCAACCCAAGAGACAGAGAAAAAUAUGCGUCUCUCAUUAUGUCUUUGAUGGCCCAGGACUGCAAAUACCUUUUGUCCACAUUGAUGUACAAUCCUGAACUUUAUAAAGGCCCUCCUUUUGUUGUACCUGGUGAGCAAGUACCUGGACUUUUCGGAAAACAGUGCAAUGUAGAGCUUCUCCAAUCACAGAACGUCAUUGAAAACAGACACCUGGCUUUGGGCAUGGACUACCUUCGUGAGCAACUUUAUCUCAUCACUCCAAAGAUUGGAUGAAUUAGCAAUGAUUUUAAAAAAAAAAUCCAUGAAUUCAUUGAUCGAUAAAAUACUUACUUAAAAUACGCAUAAAGUCAAUCGCUUGGACUGUUGAAUUAUUAAAGGUCAAGUCAUAAUUUCGGCAUACGUACAGUAGUUUCCUGGCAAAUUGAUCAAGUUCAGUUUUGGGUUACAGAGUUCCUUCUCGUGGCUGGGCUUGGAAUGACGUCAAAAAGCGAUAUUGUAUCAUAUCGCGUCAUCCUUCAAUAAAUAUAACUGAAUUGCC